AUUAAGAAGCAUGUUAUAUGUACGUGAGUAGUGUAUAAAAUAUUAUUAUAGUAUUUAAAUUUGACAUGAAAAAUUAAUAAAAAGAGAAUAUCGAAAUGUAUGCAUUAAUAUCAAUUACAAUGUGGAAAAAAACAAAACUAAAAGCAACAAUGCAGAAAAUGUGUAACGUUACUGUUUUACACGUUACAUAUGUACAUACGUGUUUAUAGAUAAGACAUGUCGCAAAAUUAUAAAUGAUGUAGGAUGUAUUUGUGUUAUGUAAGCUCGUAUGCUCUAUGGCAUAUGCUAUUAAUUCAACUGAACAAAUUCAAAAAUUGUUGGAGAUAUAUAUUUCUUGUAAUAUUAAAGCAUUAAUAACUUUCCAUUUAUAAAUUUACUUUUAUAAACAACAAAACAUUUAUAUGAUGGUCACAUAAUUUUUAACAACGUUUAUAGCAAGAUAUGGGCUAUAUCUUAAGAAAGUUACUCUCCACAUUAUCAUACAACGAAAAGUCCGAUGAUAAUGAUCUCACUAUGCGGUUGCGCCAAGAAGCUGCAAAAUGGGCAUGUAUUUUUGGUGAUAGAGAGUGUCAGCACAUUGCUACUGAUAGAUUGAAGGAACACCUAGAAGAUCCCACAAAUCGCAAGUAAUUUCUGCAAGUACAUUCUUUCUGUGGUGAUUUCUUUCGUACAAUGUAUGAAAUUCGAGAAAUUAAUAGUCGAAAAUGCAGAAAUUUUGCUUUUCGAGAAAUGCAUUUAAUUGUUUGUUAAAUCGCGCAUGUAGUAAGCUUGUACAAACUUUUCUACAGAUUAUUAAUGGCAGUUACAUUAAAGUUUGUUUCUAUUAUUAUGUAUUAUUAUUAUUACUAUAUAAAAUUUAAAAAUAGUACAAUACAAUGUAUUAUGAGGACAAAUCAAAUGGGAUAACUAUUAGGUUGGCAAAUAAGUUCGUUCGGUGUUUGCUUCGGUGCAACUUCUUUCCAAUUCACUC